GAGUGUGUUUGGAAACAUUCACUCAUACAGCCCCACCGGAUGUAGAUAAACAAUUCUUAUCAGCAGCGAGGAUAUUGCCAAUGUUGUCCUAUCCUCACAGGCAUCUGACAGCCACAUGGCCAGGACUCUCUCCGCGCAUGCGAUUUAACCAUGCAUCCCUAGCUCCAAUGUCCCAAUCCCCAGCUGGAAGCUGCGACCCCCAGCACUUCCUCCAGCAACAGAACGUAAACAGAGAGCAUUUCCUGUCCAUCCGCGGGUGGUCUGCUGCAAUGGUAUUGGUGGCUUCAGCAGACUCUCCGUUGAGGAAUCUUUCACCAACAAGGACCACUCGCAGCAUCCUCCCGUUCAGUUCGAGACGGACGCUCGCGGUGAGAGAUUCUUCUGCGCUUUCGCUGACGGCUGCUGUUGGUCGUUGGGCUGUUGUUGGCCUUCCGCCUUUUGGUGUUCGGUGGUUUACUGGGAAGUUUUCCCCCUGUGUGUAACUUUUCCUGGCCUGCGACGGAUCGCAAGCGCCAUUUUUCCGAGUUGACGGAGGAUUUCUUGAAAUUAGGGAUUUGGGUUUCGGGAUUCGCGUCCGUGUUCUAACCGUGGUGUGGUGGGGUGCGUUGUGUGUCGUGUUUAGUGUUGGUGCCCCAGUGCCCGAGGGCCCGUGUGACACGGAUGCUGGGCGCAGAAAAAAGUGGUGAAAAACCGACGGCAACUGGGGGAAGGAAAAGUGUCAAAAAGUGGGUGAAUUUUUCACGUUCUGACGUUUGAUGGCCUGCAGGAAGAGCCAGGAAUAAUCGGAAUUCUGCCUUGCGGGGAUAAUCCGGCAGCUCGGUAGGUCGUUGUCGUCUUCGUCGCGGGUGUUUCGCUCGGUCGUUCGCGUAGCCGUCGCCGUCGUCGUGGAUGCUUUGGCCGGAAGUGAAAUUUGACGGAAGGUAGCUGUGGCAUCCUCUGGCUGGAUGCUGUGAAAAGCUGGGAUGGAAGAUGCUUUUUGCUCAUGAUAAUUGAUGUUGUGUUCCGUCGUAAAGUGUAGCGUAGUUCAAGUAUUUUUUUUACGGGUAACAAAGUGUUCAUCAAUAGCUGGAUGAUUGUCGUAUUGAAAGCCAGUGUCGUAGCUUCAACUAGCCCGGAAGUGGAGAGUAGUGAAUAGUGUGUCUCUCCCUAGAAGUGUGAAUGCCCUCCUAAGCAACAAAACUUCGAUUCAUCAUGAAGCAUUUGACAUCGUUUGUGGCAUAUGCCGCAUGGAUUCUGCUGGUGGCUGAAGCCCUUCCGGACAUCAUCCGAAUCGGUGGCCUCUUUCACCCGGAUGACGACCACCAGGAAAUAGCGUUCCGCUAUGCGGUCGAGAAAAUCAACUCGGACCGAACGAUACUGCCGCGGUCCAAGCUGUCGGCCCAGAUCGAACGGAUCUCGCCGCAGGACAGCUUCCUGGCGUCGAAGCGAGUGUGCCAUCUGUUGCGAGCUGGAGUGGCAGCCAUUUUCGGGCCGCAGUCGUCGCACACCGCCAGUCACGUCCAGAGCAUCUGCGAUACUAUGGAGAUUCCACACCUGGAAACACGCUGGGAUUAUCGACUGCGGCGUGAGAGUUGCCUGGUGAACCUCUAUCCACACCCGAGCACACUAUCGAAGGCCUACGUAGACCUAGUGGCAGCUUGGGGCUGGAAGUCCUUCACUAUCAUCUACGAAACAAACGAGGGCCUUGUGCGGAUGCAGGAACUCCUGAAAGCUCACGGGCUGUCCGAAUAUCCCAUCACGGUCCGGCAACUGAGCGACUCGGGUGACUACCGACCCCUGCUCAAACAGAUCAAAAACUCGGCCGAGUCGCACAUUGUGCUGGAUUGUACCACCGAGAAAAUCUACGAGGUGCUCAAACAGGCUCAGCAGAUUGGCAUGAUGAGCGAUUACCACAGUUAUUUGAUCACGUCACUGGACCUGCACACCAUCAGCCUGGACGAGUUCAAGUACGGUGGCACCAACAUCACCGCGUUCCGGUUGGUUGACCCGGAAAAUCCGGAAGUGGCACAAGCAAUCCACAACUGGACCCUCGGUGAGGCGCGGCUCGGCAAGAAGAUUGACUUCAAAACAACGGAAAACGUGACUGUUAUUAAGGCCGAGACCGCGCUGAUGUACGAUGCCGUCCACCUGUUCGCGAAAGCCCUGCACGAUCUGGACACCAGCCAGCAGAUUGACAUCCACCCGUUGUCCUGCGACGCGCAGGACACCUGGCCCCACGGAUACAGCCUGAUAAACUAUAUGAAAAUCGUGGAAAUGCGUGGCCUCACCGACGUCAUCAAGUUCGACCACCAGGGCUUCCGGAGUGAUUUCGUGCUGGACAUAGUGGAGCUGGGACCGCAGGGUUUGCGCAAGAGCGGCACGUGGAAUUCCACGUCCGGAGUGAAUUUCACCCGCAGCUACGGCGAACAGCAGAAGGAAAUUGUCGAGAUACUGCAGAACAAAACGCUCAUCGUGACGACCAUCCUCAGCUCGCCGUACUGCAUGCGGAAGGACUCGGCCGAAAAGCUGACCGGUAACUCGCAGUUCGAGGGUUAUGCUAUCGACUUGAUACAUGAGGUUUCGAAAAUACUCGGAUUCAACUAUACGAUCCGGUUGGCACCGGAUGGCCGCUAUGGCAGUCAGAACAAGGAGACACUCGAAUGGGACGGCAUGAUAAAGGAGCUGCUGGAGCAGCGGGCGGACCUGGCCAUCGCCGAUCUCACCAUCACCUUCGACCGCGAGCAGGUGGUGGACUUUACGAUGCCAUUCAUGAAUCUGGGCAUUUCGGUGCUGUACCGAAAGCCGGUCAAACAGCCGCCGAAUCUGUUCUCGUUCCUGUCGCCGCUGUCGCUGGACGUGUGGAUCUACAUGGCAACGGCUUAUCUGGGCGUUUCCGUCCUGCUGUUCAUCCUGGCACGAUUCACACCGUACGAGUGGCCCACGCCGAACCCAUGCGAUCCACAUCCGGAAAAGCUGCAAACGCAGUUCACGCUCAUGAACUGCAUGUGGUUCGCCAUCGGCUCGCUGAUGCAGCAGGGAUGCGAUUUUCUGCCCAAGUAAGAUUGGCGUUUUUUUUUCACAUGUUUCACCAGAGAGUUUAAAAGC